CGAAUCUUGCACUAGAGAUAAUGAAUACCCAAGCUCAAAAUACUUCUGCCAAAACUGAUCAAAAAAACUCUUUCUUGAAAGAAAAGAAUCAGAAAGAAGACCCCAGUGAUUUAUCCUAUUAUUCGCCUGACGAUGAAUUUGGUGACUCUGAAGAGUCUAAAGCAUUAACAAUUAAGCACAGUUUUCUUUCCCUCAAGAAAGGUUAUGAGGAAACCCAUAAAUUUCCUGACCCCAAGUACAUGUUCAACCUCAAGGCAAGAGGACUUAAUACUCGUGAAAAGUUCGUUGCAUGGUGGAACGAAAACCAUCCAGAUUGCCAAAUCACUGUUGAUUCAAUUAUCGGAUGGACUUAUCUCGAAGAUGACGAUCCUUCACGUUAUAACAUCCAUUGGGAAGAGUAUGGAGAAUAUUGA